AACAGAGUUUACAAUACCAAGCCAGGUCAGUGAGUAUGAGUUUUUCCAAAUCAGCUGCCUAAUUCAUCUCUACACAAGGAUUUUCCACGGUUUAGAGGGCCGCAUAGUAUAUGAAAGAACAAGAAAUCCUAACAAGAAGAAAAAAGAGUGUAUCGUGGACUGUUCGAACAUAGAAAUGCUGAUAAACCCCCACCAGUACAAAGCACCGACCGAUGCGUCUGAAGCGGCAUGCACGCCAAAGAUGAUGGAGGUUGGCGAUAUUCCCCAAGAAAUGGUGCUUUCCUUGAAAAAGAGGGAAGAAUUAUGCGCAACCCAUAAGAUUAAGCCGAAUUCAGACACCCCCAUAAUUUCGUGCAACAGAGAAUACCUGACCUACUCGACCGACAUACAAUACCUUCUGGAGUCCUACUACAAUGAGUACUAUACCGAGACAACCGAGAAUCCCAUUGCGAAUGCAGUCAUAAUAACUAUUCUUUGUGUCAUAUUUUUUGUUCUAUACUGCGCUUUACUCAUGGCUGUAAAGAAAACAUUCUUCAAAAUUCCGCCCAGAACAUGA